UGGGUUAAAUAGACAAGGGUCAUUAGUGAUAUCGGCCUACCUAAAUCAACACAGGACCACGUAUGCCUGUCUCCACAUGUGUGUCAAUUCUGACCCAUCAUAAAAGAAAGCCCACGAUCGGUCACGUUUUCACACCAUCUGCAUGCAGAAUAUUUGAGACUAUUUUACCUACGAUUUCGUUAUUUAAAUUGUAUUGUUUUAUUAGGAUAAACCAUGUAACUAAAAAUUGUAAUAUAGAAUAGACCUAUGUAAACACCCUUUUUGACCCAAGAUCAUGUAUAUAAACCCCAAGUUAUGCUCAAUAAAAUCAGUACGAAAAGAUCUCUUGACGUAUUCACUUCUCCGCAGCCCAAUUGAUAUUAUACUUAUUGCGGCGACUAUUGCCACUGCAUCAACAGCAACAAUCACGAUAGUGAUUAACUGGUCUACUAGGCGACCGACCAUAAAAUAGAAGUUCUCUUCGCGAACGUUUUUUUACUGCUAUCAACUUGGCGAUAGACAGUUUAUCAGCAGAUUUUCAAAGUCAACAAGGCGACCAAGUAAUUUCUGCGAUUUGUGUACGAUUAACUUGGCAAUCAAAACACACAACCAAGGACAAGUUUUGGUCAACCCGGCAAACCAAACUUUGCUAAAAAAAAAACUAAAGACUUGAAAAACUGACCAGUUUUACAAUUAUUUUAUAAACCACGGUGUGAGUCGAGGCACAUCAUUAACAAAAUUCCUCUUAAAGGUUAAUUUUAUAAAAGUAAAAUGGCGUCAUCAAGGAUUCGCUCCUUAUUGGAUGAACAGCAAGCGCUGGGCGAGCGCAUCCAAAGCAUAAAUAGAAAUUUUAAAAAAGAUUCUGAGAGCAGGAAGUCUAAGCCUGCCUAUUACACAGAAAGAUUGGCAAAUCUGGAAGGCCUCUGGAUUAAUUUCGCUUCCAGAGAUGAAAUAAUCAAAAAUACCCUCAAAGGAGAAAAUAUUGAUCACGGGUAUUUUAAUAAUAAUUAUUUCAUUGAAAUAAAAAAUCUUGUGAGUGAAUAUCAAAAUAUAUUCUCAACAAACUUAUCCGCAUUGCAAAUGGAAACUGAAUCCAUUACGUCUACGGAGGAGGAUUUAGAAAUUGAAUCCAUGUUCCGUGAACAGAGAGUACUCAUUGAUAGUUUGGAGCGCAUCAUGAGUAAGAUAACUGUCGAAACGCGCCAAAAUUUUCAAACAAUCAUUUCACAAAACUGCAAUGAAACUAAAAGGAUUCAUGUUCAAAUCCAUAAAGAAUUCAAAAACCCUAAGGAAUUAGGAUGAUGAUUCACGAUAUUUGAUGGCUGAAGAUGCCAUCAUAUCAUUUCAAAUGUCAUUUGGUGUAGAAAAAAGGCAGGAAUCUGAAGCAAGUUCCUAUACGACCGCAGGAUUACCUCUGCCAAAGGUAUCAAUUCCAAAAUUUGAUGCAAAUUAUUUACAAUGGCAACAAUUUCAUGAUUUAUUUAAGAAAAUGAUUAAUGAAUCUUCAUUACCCACUAUACAAAAAAUGUGGUAUUCGAAAUUAAACCUUACGGGAGAGGCCGAACGCUUAAUUCGGCACUUGUCUCUAACAGAAAAAAAUUAUGGAAUAGCAUGGAAUAUGUUACACAAGCGUUUUAGUAAUAAAAGAGUGUUAUGUAACACGUUACUACAAAAAUUGCUAGAUCAAGCACCAAUAUCUAGCGAUGGCAAAGGCAUAAAAACAUUGCAUGAUAAUUACAAGGAAACAUUAUCGGCAUUAAAUAAUAUAGAUAUAACAACGGACAGCUGGGAUCCGAUCUUACUUCAUAUAUUGACAAAGAAGUUGGAUCGGCAAACUGAUUUACUGAAUGAGCAAUCACUUUUAAAUAAAAGAGAAUUGCAAUCCGUUAAAGAAUUUCUGGAAUUCUUGGAGCAGCGUUUCCUCACACUAGAGGCCAUUUCUUCUGAGAAACCCAAAAAACCGAUUAUAUGUGCAGCAGGGGCAAAAACGAAAUUCAGUUGUUUAUUCUGUAAGAAACCAAAUCAUAGCAUUUUUAAAUGUAAUGAUUUCUUAAAGAAAACUCCAGCUGAACGCCUUAACUGGACUCAAAAAAAUAAGUUAUGCGUAAAAUGUCUAAGCCCAAAUCACGCAUCAAAAGUAUGCACAAAAAGAUAUUGUUUUAAGUGUAAUAAAAAACACAACACACUCCUGCACUUAGAAAAAAUGUCGGAUACUUUGGAUUCCAUUACUGCGGCAUCGGUGAGUGGAAGGAAAGCCGGCUAUAUACUCUUAGCCACUGCACGAAUAAUAGUCCAAGAAAAUAAUGGACAAAUGACGGAAUUCAGAGCUCUUCUUGACUCUGGAUCACAGAUUAAUGCUAUCUCUGCUAUCAAGGACAAUAAAAACGUAUUGACUGGACGAAAGCUGAAAGUCGGCCACCCGGCCACCUAUCUACAGGAGAUACAAGGAAUCACCAUCCCCGUAUCAACGUGUACCGGACGACCGUCCACCUACCACAAGAGCUACGCAGAACGACCAUCCUCAUACCAACGUAAAUCGACCAAACCGGCGGUCAACAACGGGACUGCAGCGAGGGACUAA